CCGGGACACACAGUGAAAGGCGAGUUCAGUGGCAGAACUGACCCCCGGGGGCUGUCAGCUACAGCAGCGUGGCGAGCCCAGGAUCGCGGAAUCCAAGGCUUCCAAGCGAAAGCAGCAGCAGCAUGGCUUCGGUGUUCAUGUGCGGAGUGGAGGACCUGCUGUUCAGCGGCAGCCGCUUCGUGUGGAACUUGACCGUGUCUACGCUGCGGCGAUGGUACACCGAGAGGCUGCGGGCUUGCCACCAGGUGCUGCGGACGUGGUGCGGGCUGCGGGAUGUGUACCAGAUGACAGAAGGCAGGCAUUGCCAGGUUCACCUGCUGGAUGACAGGAGACUGGAGCUACUGGUUCAGCCCAAGCUUUUAUCAAGAGAGCUGCUGGACCUUGUGGCGUCGCAUUUCAACCUGAAAGAGAAGGAGUACUUCGGAAUAACGUUUAUAGAUGACACGGGUCAAGAGAACUGGUUGCAGCUAGACCACAGAGUUCUGGAGCAUGAUUUGCCUAAGAAGCCUGGGCCAGCCAUUCUGCACUUCGCUGUCAGGUUCUACAUCGAGAGCAUAUCCUUUCUAAAGGACAAGAACACAGUGGAGCUGUUUUUCCUGAACGCAAAGGCCUGUGUACACAAGGGGCAAAUUGAAGUAGACAGUGAGACCAUCUUCAAGUUGGCAGCCCUGGUUCUGCAGGAAAACAAGGGAGACUAUAUCAGCGAUGAGAAUGCCAGGAGAGACUUGAAGACACUGCCAGUCUUUCCAACCAAAACCCUUCAGGAACAUCCGUCGCUCGCUUACUGUGAGGACAGAGUGAUUGAGCAUUAUUUGAAAAUCAAAGGUCUCACUCGGGGUCAAGCUGUGGUCCAGUAUAUGAAAAUAGUAGAAGCCCUACCAACCUACGGAGUCCAUUACUAUGCAGUGAAGGAUAAGCAGGGACUUCCAUGGUGGCUUGGGAUCAGCUACAAAGGCAUCGGCCAGUAUGACUUACAAGACAAGGUGAAGCCUCGGAAAUUAUUUCAAUGGAAGCAGCUGGAAAAUUUGUAUUUCCGUGAGAAGAAAUUUGCUGUGGAAGUGCACGACCCCCGGAGGAUUUCGGUGUCCAGAAGAACCUUUGGACAGAGUGGCCUGUUUGUACAAACCUGGUAUGCAAACUCUUCUCUCAUCAAGUCCAUCUGGGUAAUGGCCAUUAGCCAGCAUCAGUUCUACCUGGACCGGAAGCAGAGCAAAGCAAAAAUUCCUUCAGCCAGAAGCUUAGACGACAUCGCGAUGGAUUUAACAGAGACUGGAACACAGAGAGGCUCCAAACUGGUGACUCUAGAAGCAAAGACUCAGUUCAUCAUGGCGAGCAAUGGCAGCCUGAUAUCCUCAGGUUCUCAGGACUCCGAAGGCAUGGAGGAGCAAAAGCGGGAGAAGAUUCUCGAACUCAAGAAGAAGGAGAAACUGUUGCAGGAAAAGCUCCUGAAGAAAGUGGAGGAGCUGAAGAAGAUCUGCCUGCGUGAGGCUGAGCUCACAGGAAGAAUGCCCAAGGAGUAUCCACUGAACAUAGGCGAGAAGCCCCCUCAGGUCAGGAGGCGAGUGGGGACCACGUUCAAGUUAGAUGACAACUUACUGCCUACUGAGGAGGAUCCGGCUUUACAAGAACUGGAGAGCAAUUUCCUGAUACAGCAAAAGCUGGUUGAAGCUGCCAAGAAGCUAGCUAGUGAACCAGACCUUUGUAAAACCGUGAAGAAAAAGCGAAAGCAAGAUUACACAGAUGCUGUGAAAAGACUGCAGGAGAUUGAAAAUUCCAUAAAUGAAUACCGAAUCCGAUGCGGCAAGAAGCCCAGCCAGAAAGCUGCAAUUGUCCCACCAGAAGACGUCAUUCCAUCCGAAAGCAGUUCUUUGUCGGACACCACCUAUGAUGACCCCAACGACUCCUUCACUCUUGCUGGGCAGCGACCAAGUUCAGUACCUCAUUCUCCAAGAAUUCUACCCCCCAAGUCUCUAGGAAUUGAGCGAAUCCACUUCAGAAAAUCCUCCAUCAACGAACAGUUCAUGGAUACCAGGCAGUCCAGAGAAAUGCUGUCCACCCAUAGCAGCCCUUACAAGACACUGGAGAGACGGCCCCAGGGAGGACGGAGCAUGCCCACCACGCCAGUCCUGACUCGGAAUGCCUACAGCAGCAGCCACCUGGAACCCGACUCUUCGUCUCAACACUGCCGCCAGCGGAGCGGAAGCCUGGAGUCCCAGUCCCACCUGCUCUCCGAGAUGGACAGUGAUAAGCCAUUUUUCACCCUCUCCAAAUCCCAAAGAAGCAGCAGCACGGAGAUCCUCGACGACGGGUCUUCGUACACCAGCCAGUCAAGCUCGGAGUAUUACUGUGUGACGCCUGCUGCCGGCCCUUACUACACCACCCAGACCCUAGACACCCGUGCCAGGGGGAGAAGAAGGUCCAAGAAACACAGUGUUUCUACUUCCAAUUCAGGAAGCAUGCCCAACCUAGCACAAAAGGAUCCUUUGAGGAACGGUGUCUACUCCAAAGGUCACGACCCACCUCCUUCCGGUUUCUAUAUCACCGGAUAUCCACCGUAUGCGGAGUGCGACCUGUAUUACAGUGGUGGCUACGUCUAUGAGAAUGACACCGAGGGACAGUACAGUGUCAAUCCUUCUUACCGAUCCUCGGCUCACUAUGGAUACGACCGGCAGAGGGACUAUAGCAGGUCUUUCCACGAAGACGAGGUAGACCGGGUGCCCCAUAACCCUUACGCGACUCUCCGACUGCCAAGGAAGGCUGCCGUGAAAUCUGAGCACAUCACCAAAAACAUCCACAAGGCCUUAGUCGCUGAGCACCUGCGUGGCUGGUACCAGAGGGCUUCUGGACAAAAGGAUCAGGGGCAUAGCCCACAGACUAGCUUUGACUCAGACAGGGGAUCACAGAGGUGCCUGGGAUUUGCCGGGCUCCAGGUCCCCUGUUCUCCAAGCAGUCGAGCAUCUUCCUACUCUUCAGUGUCUUCUACAAAUGCUUCUGGGAACUGGAGGACCCAGUUAACCAUUGGGCUAUCUGAGUACGAAAAUCCAGUGCAUUCUCCCUACACCAGCUACUACGGCAACAUCUACAAUCCCUUGUCCUCUCCAAGCAGACAGUACGCAGAGACCACUCCGCUGGACGGUACAGACGGAAACCAGCUGGAAGACAACCUGGAGAGUAGUGAACAGAGGCUCUUUUGGCACGAAGACUCCAAGCCUGGAACAUUAGUCUGAAUGCAGCUGGACCUCCUGACCAAGCACUGCGCGUUCUCACACUGGUGUGCCUUGCUAAGUCUGUUCUUCUUCUAGAAGGCUUUAGAAGCUAAAGGCGUCAAAGGUCGAAGACAAGACUUAAAUGUGGUUUCACAGUGAAUCACACACUAAGCCCCACAAAACCCUGGAUGAGGACUUGCCCUCCAAACUCUAGGCAUUAACCCAUCGCUAAGUCUGAUCCUGUUGUGAGACUCCUGUUAAGAGGACCUGCACGAAACCCCCGACCCACAGCGAGCUCUUGUGAAGGGAAUAGCAGUUGUCAAAGGCAAACCUUGGAGCCGGGAAGAUGGUCAGGGAGUUUGCCCCACUGGAGAGGAGGAUGGGAGUUUUCAGAGCACAGUUCAGAAUGCUGAGCAAGGGAACCAAGAAGCUCCUGAAUCGUGGCUCAUCUUCACAGGGUUUGAACUUGUGAGCUGACAGAAAACACACUGUUUCUACAAACAGAUGAGGACAGUUUAGACAGUAUUGGAAACUUACUUGAAGAGAAGUUAGAUUUUCAUGAAGUUCUGAAUGAGUGUAGAUGUUUUAGGCUAUUACAGAGUGAUGUUCUUCAUAAGCACUCUAAUAUGGAUUCUAGUCUUCGGAUUGCUAUAGCAUCCUGUACUAUAACUUAAUGGUAGCCAACUAGAGGAAAUGAAGUCACUGGCCAGCUCUGCUUGGAGAACGUUCUUAAGGUACAUGCCACCAAUCCCUUGUUGUGCUUCCCAACACUUAACUGUACAGACUGGUGAUCUUGCCUGUCAUCUGAAUGGUGGGCUCGAGGUGGCAAGUUUAUCCAAAAAAAAAAGUGUUUGGAGAUGCUAACAGAAAGGACCCCAGAGGACAAAGCCAACCCACAUCACCGUAGAUGAAUUGUGUGCCUUAAAGUGGUGAGCCGUAGAAAAUGAAGCCUACGACCUGAACUCCAGAAGCUAAUCCAAGUCACAAAGUGACAAGCCGAGAUUGGCAGAAAAGCAUUUACUCCAAGCUGCAGGAGGUUGAAUUAUGAGGAUUAAACUACCUCAUACCCCUCUGGAGGAACUCAUUUGCGUAGGUUUGUGGUUCAUAGGGCUUUGCUUGCUUCUAGAACAGCCUUGAUCAUUGUCUCUUUAUUUGGCUUCCAAGUCCCACAAAAGGUGCUCCCUUCGCCUCCCUUUUGUAUGAGUUUCUUGUUCAUAUUGUGAAUAGAGACAUUUCUCAACAACUUUUCUGGAACAUUUUUUUCUACUUGUAUUCCAAAGCAUGUAAUAUAUACAUAAAAACGAUUUGAUAACUGCUCCUCUGUCAUUUGUAUCAUUAGAAAUGAAGUUCGGGGAAAUUUUUUUGGAAAAAAAAAGAUACAAGUUAAAAAAAAAUAAUAACUUAUUCCUUUUUGCAUAUUUGUAUAGCCUCCUGGAAUUGGAAAUUGCCUUUUACAUAUUCUUUCACUGUUCUGACUUUUUGAGACCUAUUAUUUUUUUAUGUAGGUCAAUAAACUUAUGGUGUGCUACUGA